UACAGUAUGUCAGCGAAAGGACGAGACACGGAGGUGUAUCUCGACACAAAUUGUUCUAGAAUGCAAACGAUAUUCUCCUUACAGACGAACUUCGGUACUGUACUGCAUUGACUUGAAGGACAGUGAGGUGUGCAGGUGAAACGAUAGAGGGAGAAGAAAUGCACCAUGGCUGUGGCCUAACUGUCCAUCGGGGGUCUGCGCAUCCGCUGAUCUCCCUGCACCUGUAAAUUAAGAUGAUGUGGUUUGUAGCGUGUGUUCGGCGUUAACAAAGCGAAGCAUCAACGAUAGCGAAGCAGCAUGACGCGGCUCCGCAGAAAACCUCUGGCCGCUCUUUUCCUCUUCACGCUUUUUGUCUUGGGCACAAUGAUGGGCCUACGGACGCUAAGACCCAGCCAUGGCUUCUCGAACGUCGCCCCCAGCAGUGACUUUACCAAACGGCGGUUGGACGUCAGAGAGGCGGUGGUGUCGCAGGCUCACUACUUUUCGGGAGGCAGUUUUGGCAACACAAAGAUGCACAUUAGCACGUCGAAUGGCGACAAGAAGAUAUUUUACGACGUGCACAUCUUCUACUACCUUUGGUACGGCUCCCCCAGCGUAGACGACAAGUACAUUCACUGGGACCAUGUGCUGGUGCCACACUGGGACCCAAAGAUCGCGGCGAGCCAUGUCCACGGCGGGCACACGCCCCCUGAAGACAUUGCCUCAAGUUUUUACCCAGAGCUGGGACCCUACAGCUCUAGAGAUCCAGAGGUUCUUGAGUCACACAUGGCCCAGAUAGUAGAAGCUGCCGCAGGAGUGCUAGUUUUGUCCUGGUAUCCUCCUGGGGUACCAGAUGACCACGGGGAACCCACUGAAGACCUGAUUUCUGCUGUUAUGGACGCGGCCCACAGACAUAACAUCAAGGUUACCUUUCACAUGCAACUAUACAAAGGACGGACGGAGCAGACUCUGCAUGACAAUAUCAAGUACAUCACCGAAAAGUAUGGAAAACAUGGUGCUUUCUACAGAUACAGGUCCAACACCGGGCAAAUUCUUCCUCUCUUUUAUGUCUAUGACUCCUACCUGACACCACCAGAGUCCUGGGCUAAACUGCUGACUGCUAAGGGCUCACACAGCAUCAGAGGAACACCUUACGAUGCCAUUUUCAUGGCCCUGAUAGUUGAGGAACGCCAUAAACAUGACAUUCUAACUGGCGGGUUUGACGGCAUGUACACAUACUUUGCCUCCAAUGGUUUUUCUUUUGGCUCCUCCCACCAGAACUGGAAAGCUAUCAAGGGCUUCUGUGAUGCAAAUAACCUGCUCUUCGUCCCAAGUGUGGGUCCUGGAUAUGUAGACACAGCUGUCCGACCAUGGAACAGACAUAACACCAGGGAUCGGGUAAAUGGACGUUACUAUGAGACCUCCCUCCAGGCAACACUAUCUGUCAGACCAGAAAUUGUCACCAUUACUUCUUUUAACCAGUGGCACGACGGUACACAGAUUGAGAAAGCUGUACCCAAGAAGGCGGCAACACGUUUGUACUUGGAUUACCGACCUAAUCAGCCAAACCAUUACCUAGGGCUUACACGACAGUGGGCAGAGAAUUUCUACAAAGAGAAAGACAAAUGGCUGAUAUGAACCAGAUCAUUUUUUGCCAUGAUAGAUUCCCACAAACUAUAUUUAUUCAAUGUUCAAGGGUUUUAAACAUCGACUUCUGGUUGAGCAGUGAAAUAGAUGGCAAUGUAGAUAGAAGCUCCGCUAGACUAAUAAUAAUAAUAAUAAUAACAGCUCCAACUAACAACAAACCAAAUUCAAAAUUUUACUCAAACAAGGAAUGAAAAGGGGCAGACAGCAGAGUAGCCGAAGGAAUCUGAAAACACAGAAGAGUGAGCCUAAACUCGUAAUGGAAACAAACGCGGAUGCCAAAGAUGGCAGAGGGACAAGAGCCCCACAGCAGACGCUACAUAAAUAUUUAGCAGAUAUCACUAAAGAGAGAAGGAAACUUAUGAAAAACGACCCAGUGGUUUUCAAAGUAGAACUCAACACUAACUUCAGACAGGAAUUUGCCAAUUUCAUGGUAUAUGUUAAAGAGAAACUACAAGUAAGCCGUGACUACAAGAAGACAAAAAAAAACUUCAGCAAUGCUCAGGCACGUAUUGAGGAGCUUGAGACAUUUAACAUGGAAGCUAAAGAAGCGCUGUUGGCAGUGCUUCGAGAACAGAAGAAGUUACAAGAAAAGGUAACCGACUUGCAAGGUAGCUCUCGUAGAAAUAAUGUGAGAACAUUUGGGGUCUUGGAGGGCACGCUUUAUUGAGGAACUACUACAUAGGGAACUAAUAUUACCUGAGGGGAUCAGCCUACUGAUGCAACGGGCACACCGAGUGAAUACAAGGAGACCAGACCUGACCCACGAUCCAUAAUUGUCAACUUUCUGAGAGAUGAUUCUGAAAAAGGCAUAGCAGAAAUGGAUUAAACUAAAUAACACAACCAUAUUCUUUGAUUACGACUACCCAGUGUAGGUGGUACAGAAAAGCAAAGCUUACACCAAAAUUAAAGAUAUCUUGGAGGCUAAAGGCAUCAGGUUUCAGACUUGCAGCUUAUCAGAAUACACUGGAGCCUGGCAACAGCAAAGCAGCAGAGAACCAGGAAAAUUGCAGGAGUUUUGGAGACCCAGUGAUACAGAAAACAACUGAGACACAGAAGGUGAAGUUGUGAAAUCUUGUUUUAAUUAAGUUUUUGUUACAAGUAAGUAAACUGGAGUUAUGGCCACGGCUCUCCUUCUAACAUUGCUGUUGUAUUCAGUAUAUGUUGCCACUGUUUUAUAAGUACCACAAGGUGUCGCCUCCGGACCUGAAGAAACAGGAAGUGUGUUCGCUACUUCCGGGCAGAGAAGAAGAUAGCUGCAGGUGCCGGUGUCAGUUAGCUCCCAGGAAAAAUAUUGUAUGUUGGAAUUUUGGAAUUGGAUAAAAGUGCAAACUCGA